AUGCCACCUGGGCCUGCGUUUGGAUGGCUUUGCGUUCUCCACUCAGUUACAGAUAUUGCUGUUCGUGCAGCACAGAUCAGAGCCUCCCAGGUUUUUCCUGUUAGACCCGUUUUAACGUCACAGCUUGCAGGUGAUGCUCAAGCUGACCACGACUCUCCAAAACCGCGCACAAAUCACGCGUUUUCUACCAACCCUCCGAUUAAUAAUACUUGCCUGUCCCAUCCCGAGGAACGGCAAGAGAAAGCGACACCAUUACCACCUCGAUUUGAAGAAGACAUCCAGUCUGAGCAGUUUUCGCGCACUACCUAUAUAUCUCUCUCCGCUGAGCCUACCUUCAAACCUCAACUACCUAGCGCUCCCAAAAGUCCUGUGCCCCUAGAUUUAGAGCAUCCAGACAAAGCUCUAUCUGCACCCAUAGACUCCCCUCCUAUACAAUCACGCAACCUCCAAUCAUCCAAGGUCCCUUCAUCCAGACUUGGUCGCUUAUUUCAUUAUGGCGGCCUUGCAGCAUCACUCUCGUACGGCGCUGCUUCCGAGCUCUUACGUCGCUCUACUACAUCCCAUGCAAACGACACACAACCAGUCAUGCUAACUGAGGCAAACAUAACUCGUUUGGUAUCUAAGCUCUCUCAGAUGCGUGGUGCCGCACUAAAGCUCGGCCAGUUCAUGAGCAUCCAAGACACCCACCUCCUGCCCCCAGAAGUCGACAAAAUAUUCCGUCGCGUUCAAGACAGCGCUCACUACAUGCCGGACUGGCAGAUGCAACAAGUGAUGUGCACGUCCCUAGGGGAAUCAUGGGCCGAUAAUUUUACAUCGUUCGAUCGUAUACCGUUCGCAGCUGCAAGCAUCGGCCAGGUGCACCACGCUGUCCUUGCUCAAAGUCAGAGUCCAUCUGGCGACGACGGCCAACAUGUCGCUGUAAAGAUCCAGUUCCCGAACAUUGCUAACUCGAUUGCGAACGACCUUGGCUAUGUUAAGAUGAUUCUUACCGCUGGAAGCUUGCUUCCACGGGGGUUAUUCCUGGAUCGUACGAUUCAAGUAAUGAAAGACGAGCUUGCUGACGAAUGCGACUACUCGCGGGAGGCAAGUUUCCUCGAGCGGUAUAGGAGCCCAGAUUGUCUUGGUGCAGAUGCACGGUUCAGGGUCCCGUGGGUGUGGCCAGGUAGCACAGAGCGUGUUCUUGUAAUGGAGCAUGUAGAAGGCAUCAGCAUUGGAGAUGCUAUAGUCGGAGGUUUACCACAAGAAGAGCGAAACGAGAUUGCAUCGCGAAUCAUCGAGCUCUGCUUGCGGGAGCUCUUCCAGUUCAGACUCAUGCAGACGGACCCUAACUUCACAAAUUUUCUGUGGGACUCAAGGGCACAACAGCUGUCCUUGGUUGACUUUGGCGCAACGCGCGAGUACACGAAAGAAUUCAUGGACAGCUGGCUGCGCCUUCUUCAAGCCGCUGCAUCUGAGGACCGUAUCGCAUGCGCCAAAUGGAGUCAGAAACUUGGAUAUCUCACUGGAGAGGAAAAUGAAGUCAUGCUCAAUGCGCACGUCAGCUCCAUGGUCCUCCUAGCUACCCCCUUCAAACCCACGACCUUGCAGCCCUUCGCAUUUGGAUCUGGGACACCAUGGGCGGACAUCACAGCUCAAAUACGUGAUUUCAUACCCGUGAUGCUUAAGCAUAGGUUGACGCCCCCACCAAGGGAAACCUACAGUCUGAAUCGGAAAUUGAGUGGAGCAUUCUUACUUGCUUCGAGGUUGCGUGCUGUGGUAGACACCAAGAAGCUUUGGGACCAAGCGACUGAAUCGUACAAGUUUGCAUGAGUCUGUGCUGUCCGAUCCAGAGUACCCAAUGCACAAUUUUUAUGGAACACCUUAGUGCAGCGAUAUGCGUCUGACAAAAAGUCGCUGCAAUCUUAUACAAUAAGGAGCCGUCCUCGCAACUUCCGGUCGUUGCACAGAGAUUCUAAUUGCAUUCAUUCCAAAAGCAAGCGCUUAUUUUUCGUUUGUCAACGCAAACUUCAAUAAACAGAGUGUAUCUCUACAGUGACCUUCGAGGUUGUUGAUUCGGAGCAGCAACGUUGCAACGUUGAACUUCGACGAUGCAGGCCCGUAAACAGUCGCGCAAAGUGCGCAACUCCCGACGAUCGGCACAAUUUUGACCUGCGCACGUAUCGCAAUUUCUCGUCUGGGCGACCUUCUACAAAGA